CGCCUCUUUCUCCGUGCGCCGCGGGGCUAUCGCUAUCAGCGCGAGAUUGAUCGAUAACGCUUUCAUUUGACGACAUGGUCUGCAUUUGAUCUGCCCAUGGCUUCCAGACAUUCUGCUACGCCUACGGGCCAUGCGGCAGUCUCUCCCGAGACGAAGAAGCCCAAUAUGAUUGCCGUCGGGGGCUUCCGCAUCGCCACGCAGAAGCUCCCCAUUCUCAAAGCCGAACCGAUUGAGGAGAUGACGAAGCAACUAGGCAUUGCACCACCAGAAAUGAUCUUUGGCGAUAAUCAUGUUACCAUUGAACACGAGAAAACUGGUUGGGGAAUCGACUUCAACGCUUUCGACGCGCUGGAUCGGGUGGACAAGACCGGGCAGUCUAUGCUCCAGGUCGCAUACUCAAAGGAAUGGCAACAAAGCAGAGAGAAAACACACGAAGGGAUCAAAGAGGUUGUCAAGCCGUUUGAUUGGUCCUACAGCACCGACUACAAGGGCACACUCAGUCCCAAAGCGCAACCAUUCGAAGAGACCGAGAAGCCGAUUCCCAUCGAACUGUUGAAGCGCCCAGACCCAAUCCUAUUCUUCGACGAAGUUGUCCUAUAUGAAGAUGAGCUUGCGGAUAACGGCAUUGCGAUGUUGUCUUGCAAGAUUCGCGUGAUGCCAAGCAGACUCCUUCUACUGUCGAGGUUUUUCAUGCGCCUCGACAAUGUCUUGAUCCGCCUACGUGAUACCCGCGUCUAUGUUGACUUUGAGACUCGUGAGGUGAUUCGGGAAUACCAGUCGAAAGAAUGCGAAUAUGAGAAGGUUCGACAGAUCCUAGCAGGCACACGAGAUGACAUUCCAGCUUUGAUGAGAGAUCCAAAUCGACUCUCUGAGAUUUUGCCUGUUGUGGAAAAGUACUCCGAACGAGUGGUCCUUGGUGGUUAAAUCCUUAACACAUCCGGAUCCAAGACUACGAUCUACAGCCUAUGAAGUAUGAAUAUCACGUAAAAUGACAAAAAUGAGACUCAACAGAAAUUUCCAACCGAAAGAUGUUGCACUGCACUCUAGCAUGGCCACUAGCUAGAUGGCUCAUUGUUCUUUUCAUCAAAGCAAAUACACAAGACGGCGAUCAAUGCCGCGUCGACUCCAGGCGCCACAACGACCGCAUACGUCUGCUGGCCAAAUAUCAGAUCGCGUCCGCUUAACAACUUCCGAUCAAUACGAGCGACUGGUUUGCCAGUCUUUUCAUCUACAAUGUCGGCACUAUGGUCGAACCAGCCUCCCUUCAUUUUCAAGGUCACGGCCUUGCCGUGCGAAUCUGUGAAAGUGGCGGUUGCUUUAGAGCCGAGCACUACAUAGUAUAGUUAGAGAUGUGUAUCACGUACAUGGACUUUGAUCACGUAUUAAGUAGUCCUAGGUCUUUAAACGAUGGAACUUACAGGAGAGAUUAUUCUUGACCUCGGCAAUCUUCUUGCGAUGCGAGUCUUCGAUCGCAUAAGUUGUGUGCAGGUGCAGAUGCUCCUUGACGAUAUCAAAGAGGUGCUUUCCGUGAAUGUCUUCAACCUUCUUGCGACCAGAAAUCGAAACCCAAGCACCAUGCACUUUCAGCAGCGACUCUCCACUGGCUAGUUUGACCUCGAAACUGUCGCCAGAGACAGACAAGACCUUUUCUUUCAUAACAAGUGUCUGGGGCUCUUUCGCCACGAAUUGAUCGAAAAUGGCGAUAGGCUCGAGAAAUGGCUCGAGAUUGUGGUGGCCGAGGAUACCCAUGAUGUGGUUCUGGUGAUAACAAAGUAUGUCGAUCCGAUUCUGAUGAAAAAAGCAAUACUCACUCACAGCUGCGGUGAUUGUAUAUGGAUCGCGGGGCAAGAUCAG